ACGUAAGAGGAAAAGAAGACAAAUUAGAAGAGAAGCUUCUGCCCAGCCCCCACUGCAUUUCCCUCAGAUUCUUGUUGUUUUUCCUCUUUUAUUUCACAAGAGCGCCUGCUAGAUCAAGACGAACGCCACCUCCCCCUCCAAAUCAUCUCCUCCUGGAGUCAAACACCGCCACUACCCAAUCCCCAUUCUCGGCCUUUCCUCUAAUCGCAAGGUGUCCUUUUCUUUCUCUCACAGAAAGCUUUUACCUCUCAGGAAACCCAUCCACAAGCUCUGGAAAUCCUUCUUGCAGUCUAUUAUUGAAGUUCUCGUAUUCAUUUAUGCAUAACUUUAAACAGGGGAUGGCAGCAGAGAAUGAUGUUGACUUAUCAACUAUGAAGUUUCAGCUAAGCCAAACACAUGAACUUUGGAAGCGGGAGAUGGAACAAAGCCAGUCCCGAGUGGAUAUCUUGCAAGCAAAACUAAUGGAGGUAAAGGCUUGUAUACAGGGGUCUGAGGAAGAUACAAAGCAGGAGUUGGAGAUUCUUUGGCGAAGAGUUAAAACUACUGCAACAUUGUUAACCUAUUUGAAAUCGAAGGCUCGAAUCAUGGCUAUUCCACAUUUAGCCCAUUCAUCAUGUGGCAUUGAACGAUUAGAAGGGGUAGGUUUCGUUGACAAAAAUGGUACACCCUUGGCUGGUUGGUCUAAGAAUAUUGAUCUUUCUUCAUACAAUGAUCCAGAAGAAGAAGCAUGUGUGGGAAUUAGCAGGCUGCAUGGUUCACUGGAUGCAAAAGAUGAUGCUUAUACUGGUGAAAUGCUAAAGUCUCUGCAGAUGGUUACAGACGUGAUGGAGGCUCUUGUUAAAAGGGUUAUAAUAGCAGAAUCUGAAACUGCAAUUGAGAAGGAGAAGGUAACUUCAGGUCAGGAAGAAAUUAAAAAGAAGUCAGUCCAAAUUGAGAACAUGUCUUUAAAGUUAGAGGAGAUGGAACACUUUGCUCUGGGUACAAACAGCAUACUGAAUGAAAUGCGGCAGCGGGUUGAGGAUUUGGUUGAAGAAACAUCUAGACAAAGGCAGCGAGCUGCAGAAAAUGAACAGGAGCUUUGUCGUGUUAAGCGGGACUUUGAGUCUCUGAAGUCAUACGUUAGCAGUCUCAUCACUGUAAGAGAAACACUUCUUUCUUCGGAGAAGCAGUUUCAAACUAUUGAGAGGUUGUUUGAACGGCUAGUUGCAAAGACAACACAGUUAGAGGGUGAGAAGAUGCAGAAAGAGGUGGAAGUUCAGAAACUUAUGGAAGAGAAUGUGAAGUUGAGUGCUCUUCUGGACAAGAAAGAGGCACAACUUUUGGCCAUGAAUGAACAGUGCAAGGUAAUGGCCUUGAGUGCUUCAAAUAUCUAACUUUGUAGGUUGUUCUUGUUCGUCUGCCUGUUGGCUUGCUUUGCGAGGUGGUUUGGUUCUCCCAUCAGUUGAUCAUGGGCAAGGACUCGUGGGAUCGAAUGGCACUGGAUCAGAGCUGUCUGAGAGCCUCGCUGUCAACUUUGCGAAAAGCCUUGAACUUAAUAUCCAGUGAUCUAGUUUUACUUUAUUGGUGCUGUGCGCCGUUGUUGAACUGAAUCCAGAAAGUAAUUUCGAUUGGAAAGCAAACUUGGUGUUGUGUUCAUCGAGUAGCCAAGAUUGGAAGUUAUGCUGUAAAUGUUGUGAUGGCACUUUGUACUUCAACCUUGAUCCCAGUUGUUUGUUUCACAGUUAUUGAUAUUCAA